AUGAUCUCCACAGUCGAGGUCGCCGAUGUGAAUCAUUUUGCCAUCUCUUGUAUCAAUGGACAGCACAGCCCUAACCAGGUCAAGUUGGACAUCAAAAGAGACAACAAGAUCCUUUUGUUACCCAGUCCACCCAAUUUUAAAGUAGAUAAGCAGAGGAACAAGAAGGUUGUAGCCAAAGACUUUCAAAAUGUAGAUAAUAUUGGCAUCUUCUACUGUGAAUCCACUGAAGAAGCUCCUCAUGCACUGAAAACAGUCACAAUGAUCAACAACUGUCGCAAAGCCUGUGAUGAGGACAUGUAUGGACCCGACUGCAAGCUGAACUGUAAAUGCCAAAACGGAGGUGUCUGUAACCGUUUCCGUGGAUGCCAGUGUCAGACGGGGUGGAGAGGACGCAACUGUGAGAAGUCUGGCCCAUCAUCCCCACUCAACGUCCAGGCCACAACCCUCUCCCUGUCCGCCAUCCAGGUGAGAUGGCGGCCCCCAGAGAAUCCAAAUGGAGGCAUCGUUAAAUAUGUCAUAGAGUACCAGGCAGUUGGCCAGGAGAGCCCUCACCCUUGGGUCGACACAGAUGAUGGGAACAAGACCACCAAAGAUGUGACAGCCCUCAACAGUAGCACAGCCUACCAGUUCAGAGUGAGGGCUUUCUCUAAAGUGCCAGGAGAGUGGAGCCAUUUUGUGCAAGCAAAGACACAAGGUGAUGGCAGUCAGAUUUUAGCAGCAACCACACAGAGUGUCGCAAGCAAACCUGCAGGGGAAGGUUCCCAGCUGCUGGAGGCGGUCGUGGGCUCUGUGGCUGUUACCUGUGUGACCAUAAUGCUGGCGCUGCUGGUUCUUUUCUUCAUCAGGAAAAGUUUGCUCAACCGACGGCGCACAUUUACCUACCAGUCUGGAUCAGGUGAAGAAACAAUUCUGCAGUUUAACUCAGGAACUCUGACCCUCACCCGACGGCCCAAGCCCAUACCAGAACCUCUCACUUAUCCAAUUCUUGAGUGGGAGGACAUCAAAUUUGAAGACAUCAUUGGAGAGGGCAACUUCGGCCAGGUUAUCAAAGCCAUGAUCAAAAAGGAUGGAAACAAAAUGAGUGCAGCUAUCAAGAUGCUAAAAGAGUUUGCCUCAGAAAAUGACCAUAGGGACUUUGCAGGAGAGCUGGAGGUGCUCUGUAAACUAGGGCAGCAUCCCAACAUCAUAAACCUGAUAGGAGCAUGUGAGAACAGAGACCGGGCUCCUCAGAUCUUAGAACUAGAUGGUAAUAUUGAAUGGAAUCUGAACUCUAGUCCACAAAUCUCAUGUUCAGCUACAGGCAACCCCCUUCCCGAUCACAAAAGCAUUGAUCUGCGAAAGUUGGACGGCUCUGUGCUCAAGCCCACCCAAACCACCAUUGACUCAAAUAAGAGCACAGCCGUGUUUGACAUUCCUCGUAUGAGUGCUCAGCUUGGAGGAUUGUGGGAGUGCAGGGUGUCCACCAAUGGAGGCCAGGAUUCUCGCAGGUUCAACAUCACCCUCAAAGGUUGCAAGCCUCCAGUGCCUACGACUGCUCCAAAAUUACUACAAAAGAGAAGCAAGCAGCUCCUAGUGAUGCCAGCUGAGUCCUACCGAGGAGACGGCCCCAUCAUCUCAACCAGACUCAUCUACAAGCCUGUGGAAAAUGGAGACUCUUGGUCUUCUAUCAUAGUUUAUAGUGACAAGGAGCCCAUCACCUUGAUGAAUCUGGAACCUUCCACAAGGUACCGUGUUCGUGUCCAGCUGAGUCGUCCUGGGCAGAAAGGAGAAGGGGUUCCAGGACCAGAGGCCAUCAUGGAAACAGACUGUCCUGAGCCCACAAUUCAACCACAGAUUGACAACAGUUCAGUGGAAGGCCGCAGUGCUACUUUGCGCUGGCGACUGCCCAAAAACAGUGGCAUCGCCGCUGGCACAGCAAGCGGCUUUUUAGUGCAGCUCUUUGCACCACCACCCAUCAAAGAGAAACUACUGGAGGAGACCACCCUGCUAAAUGUGCUCUCCACCAAGUUCCACAACCUGGAGUAUCAUCAAGACUACUCUGUGGUGGUGCGCCUCGUCAACUGUGAUAGCCAGGGGCCACCCUCCGAACCAUUCCACCUCCGCAUCAACAGUCAGGGCCCAUCAUCCCCCCUCAACGUCCAGGCCACAACCCUCUCCCUGUCCGCCAUCCAGGUGAGAUGGCGGCCCCCAGAGAAUCCAAAUGGAGGCAUCGUUAAAUAUGUCAUAGAGUACCAGGCAGUUGGCCAGGAGAGCCCUCACCCUUGGGUCGACACAGAUGAUGGGAACAAGACCACCAAAGAUGUGACAGCCCUCAACAGUAGCACAGCCUACCAGUUCAGAGUGAGGGCUUUCUCUAAAGUGCCAGGAGAGUGGAGCCAUUUUGUGCAAGCAAAGACACAAGGUGAUGGCAGUCAGAUUUUAGCAGCAACCACACAGAGUGUCGCAAGCAAACCUGCAGGGGAAGGUUCCCAGCUGCUGGAGGCGGUCGUGGGCUCUGUGGCUGUUACCUGUGUGACCAUAAUGCUGGCGCUGCUGGUUCUUUUCUUCAUCAGGAAAAGUUUGCUCAACCGACGGCGCACAUUUACCUACCAGUCUGGAUCAGGUGAAGAAACAAUUCUGCAGUUUAACUCAGGAACUCUGACCCUCACCCGACGGCCCAAGCCCAUACCAGAACCUCUCACUUUUCCAAUUCUUGAGUGGGAGGACAUCAAAUUUGAAGACAUCAUUGGAGAGGGCAACUUCGGCCAGGUUAUCAAAGCCAUGAUCAAAAAGGAUGGAAACAAAAUGAGUGCAGCUAUCAAGAUGCUAAAAGAGUUUGCCUCAGAAAAUGACCAUAGGGACUUUGCAGGAGAGCUGGAGGUGCUCUGUAAACUAGGGCAGCAUCCCAACAUCAUAAACCUGAUAGGAGCAUGUGAGAACAGAGGUUACCUGUAUAUAGCAAUAGAAUAUGCACCCUAUGGGAACCUGCUUGACUUUUUAAGGAAGAGCAGAGUUUUGGAGACUGACCCUGCCUUUGCAAAAGAGCAUGGUACUGCUUCCACCCUCACCUCACAGCAGUUGUUGCAAUUCGCUGUGGAUGUGGCGACAGGGAUGCAUUACCUCAGCGACAAACAGGUACUUUCUAUCAUUGUUAUAAGUCCCAUUGGAAAAUCAGUUCUAACUUGUUAUGACAUUGCUUCUUCCCUCUUUGCUCUUUUGGCACUAGUUCAUUCACAGGGAUUUGGCAGCAAGGAAUGUUCUUGUCGGGGACAAUCUUGUGGCAAAGAUUUUGGUCUGUCUCGUGGUGAAGAAGUUUAUGUUAAGAAGACAAUGGGAAGGCUGCCGGUACGCUGGAUGGCCAUUGAGUCCCUGAAUUACAGCGUGUAUACGACCAAGAGUGAUGUGUGGUCUUUUGGUGUUCUCCUUUGGGAAAUUGUAAGCUUAGGUGGCACACCGUAUUGUGGGAUGACAUGCGCUGAGCUUUAUGAAAAGUUGCCACAAGGCUACAGGAUGGAAAAACCUAAAAACUGUGAUGAUGAGGUGCAGUGCUGGAGAGAUCGGCCCUAUGAGAGACCCCCGUUCUCCCAGAUCUCUGUCCAACUGAGCAGGAUGCAAGAAACUCGGAAGGCUUACGUGAACAUGGCUCUUUUUGAGAACUUCACCUAUGCUGGAAUAGACGCCACGGGCGAGGAGGCCUGA